AUGCUAAGCAUAUUUCAGUGGAGCUUCCGGACGAAGCAAGACAAGGAAGCAAAGCCCGGUGGUCUGGUUCUGAAAAACCGGACCGUGAAAGCCCAACGGUUGCAGCAUGUGGGUCCACGGGUGACGCGGGCCCAGGCAGCAUUCCUGUGCUGUGCUGUGCGGCAGCCGUCAUGGUUCGAGGCCGAAGGGACGGCUGCUGACAACAACAUGAACCGGCCGCGGCCAGAAUUCGAGGGCUCUGGUGUUGGCCUGCUUUUACCUCUUAGUUCUCCUAACGGGUGUGAGGAAAGAAACGGAGAGCCUGGGCUGACUGGGGAGGGUCUUUCACCGGGGCCAGUGGAAGAAGGAGGAGCCCACAACCCCACCGCGCUGGACAUCUCCCCCUCCCCCGCGCCAAGUGGCCCACGCUCCUUGGCUGCUCUCCCUCAGGUUCCUGCUCUCAACUCACCAGGGGCAGUGCUUCCUCCCAGAAAUGGAGAGGAGGGACCAGGACUGGGACCGCACAGGGGCUGCCUGGAUGGGCAUAGUCUCUUUGAAGGACCUCUCUGCCCCUAUCCUGGGGCUUGGAUACCUUUCCAAGGCCCUGGGACUGCCCAGCCUUCCCCUGCCACUCCCUCGGGGGAUCCCAGUAGGAAGGAGCACCUGGUUGUCACAUAGGAGAGACUGAGACAAGAGCUUCCCAACCUCUUCCUUCACUCCACGGCGACACGCUCCACUUCUCCAGUGGACUUCGUCAACGAGAUCCUGAACAUAUGCACUCAGGCCCGAGCCUGGUAUGUUCUAGCCCAGAACUAUUUUGCACAACUUCGGUUGGAGGUUCCACAACUGCUCUGCCACCCCGAGAACUGAACCCUGCAAACCCGUUGGCGGCUUGUGGGCCUGCCCAGCCACAUGUUUUGGGGUUUCUACAAGCGUGACAAGGAUGAGCUUUACCAGGCCUAGGGGGCCUGUUCUACCUUCUACCUGAAUUCUAGGGGCCCUGUUUGUCACCAGCACCUAGAUAAACUGAUGCCUUCACACUCCCCUCCACCCACCCCCCCACACACACCUGUGAAGAAGCUGCUUGGGGAACCCUGGGGGGCCCUGGAGUUCUCAGGACCAGAUCCCAACUUACACCCGUGUCCCAAGGCCUGA